AUGGACUUCGAGACACCAGCCUUGCAGGAACUGCAGAAGCAAAAUGUGAUACCAGACGAACCCGCUGAACCGACCUUGGAGAAACCUAAGGAGUCGGACAACAAGUCCGAAGAACCGGUUCAGCCAUCCAACCAACCUGCGGAAGAACCCAAGAAGUCGGUAACUAAGCCGGCCAGGAAGAAGAAGUCGGAUAAGACGACCGAUCAGGUGGCACCGACCACAGAAGUCGAAGUAGCCGACCCGGCAGUCUCACCGACGAAGCCAAAACGGACUUAUAAGAAAAGGACGGUCAAACUAACCGACCAAGCGGCACCGACCACGGAAGUCGAAGUAGCCGACCAGCAGGUCGAACCGCCCAAGCCUAAACGGAAAUACGUCAAGAAACCGAAGCUGACAGCACAACAAGUGCUGGAAGAAACUGAAGUCGCAGAAGACGAAGCCCAUAAAGAAAUUUUCGAAAGAAUUUCGGAAGGACUGGCAGACUCGGAGAAACCGGUCAAAACUGCAACACCAAGAAACCUCAAGCAGCAGUCACGACAGAAGUAG